CUCUUCUCUCCCUUCCCCUUUCCCCGUCCCUCUGCUCUCUGCUACUUCGUUGGUCGUCGUCAGAGGUGGUUGACGGAGAUAUCUUGACAUUAAUUGAUCCCUGUGCUCUUCCACUGCCCAAAGACUGAAGAACAUGGUCUCAACAAGAAUCAUUUCAUACCUGGCUUGGGCCGGGGCUCUCAUCGGCCCCUCGGCCGCCCAGUUCCCCCCCGAGCCGGAGGAUGUGACGGUCCUCCAAUCCAGAUUUGAUGAACGCAUCACCAUCAGCUUCAAGCAACCGGGAAUUUGCGAGACCACGCCGGGAGUCAAGUCGUAUGCCGGCUACAUCCACCUACCCCCUGGGACUAUCGAUGGUUUGGGCCAAGAUCAGGACUACCCGAUCAACACCUUCUUUUGGUUCUUUGAGGCCCGCGAGGAUCCGGAGAAUGCGCCCCUUUCUAUCUGGAUGAACGGUGGUCCCGGUUCAUCCUCCAUGCCUGGCCUCCUCUACGAGAACGGUCCUUGUUAUGUCAACCCCGAUUCCAACUCGACGAGACUCAGCAAGUGGUCUUGGAACAACAAAGUCAAUAUGCUCUACAUCGACCAGCCCGUCCAGGUCGGCUUCUCUUACGACACCCUACGAAACGUCACCCGUGAUCUGCUCGGCAGUGUACGGACCCUGAACCCGGGGGACCCGAUUCCGCAGCAGAACACCACCUUCCACGUCGGCACGUACCCCAGCAACGACCGCAACGCCACGGCCCAGGGGAGUCGCAACGCCGCCGUUUCUCUCUGGCACUUUGCCCAAGUCUGGUUCCAGGAGUUCCCCGGCUACCACCCCAACGACGACCGCAUCAGCAUUUCCACGCAGUCAUAUGGGGGCCGUUACGGCCCGGCCUUCGCCGCAUACUUCCAGGAACAAAACGACAAGAUCCAAAACGGACACUGGAAGCGCGUAGAGGGCGAGAAGUUCAUCCUCAACAUCGACACCCUCCUCAUCGUCAACGGCUGCAUUGACCGUAAGACCCAGUGGCCGUCCUACCCCGUCAUGGCCUACAACAACACCUACGGCAUCGAAGCCGUCAGCGAGACCUGGUACAACUCCAUGGUCGACGCCUUCAGCCGGCCCGGUGGAUGCAGCGACCGCAUCGACGAGUGCCACCGCUUGUCCGAGCUCUACGACCCGGAGCACCUGGGCAUCAACGCCACCGUGAACGGCGCCUGCGAGACCGCCGAGUCCUACUGCGUCCAGCACAUCCGGAACCCCUACAUCCAGCAAUCCGGCCGGAACUACUACGACGUCACACAGAUGGACCCGACGCUGUUCCCCCCGCCGUAUUCCCCGGGCUACCUCAACCAGGAAUGGGUCCAAUCCGCCCUCGGCGUGCCGCUCAACUGGACGGGCAGUUCGGGAGCCUCGGGCACAGCCUUCCGCGGGAUCGGCGACUACCCCCGCCCCGGGUGGCUGGAGGACCUGGCGUACCUCCUGCACAGCGGCAUCAAGGUGACGCUCAUGUACGGAGACAGGGACUACGCCUGCAACUGGAUCGGAGGCGAAGCGGCGUCUCUCGCCAUUCCAUGGGAUAACCAGGAAGAGUUCGCGGCGGCGGGGUACGCCGAUCUGGCGACCAACUGCACGUAUGUUGGUGGGCAGGUCCGCCAGUACGGGAACCUGUCGUACGCCCGCGUCUUCCAGGCCGGUCAUGCCGUUCCGGCCUACCAACCUGAAACGGCCUAUCGGAUUUUCAACCGCGCGUUGUUUGACCGCGAUAUCGCUACCGGCCGGGUUGACACGGCUGCCAACCCUGAUUACGCCACGGAGGGACCCGAGGAUACGUUUCAUAUUAGGAGCGAGAUGCCGGAGCAGUAUGAGGACUAUUGUUAUAUUCUGUCCCCCAGCACGUAUGGCGCGGCGCAGAUUGCGGCUCUGAGGGAUGGAAGUGCUGUCAUUAAGGACUAUGUGAUGCUGGAGCCCAGCCAGUGAGGAACACUUGGUGGCAUUUGAUGUCACCCGAUGUGGCCGUUGAAUCAUGGUCCUAGGGAGCAUUGUUUGCAAAAGGAGCUGGGAGGCAGCUUGAGCACAAUAUGCUCUCGCCAUGUGAUCGUCAAAGCAUCUAUUCAAAAGUCCAUGCA